ACGGCACAUGACUGUCAGCUGGUCCGAGUCACGUGAACACAGCUUUGCGGAAACGCUCGUCAACAGCCAUGGCUGGACCAAGGAAGGACUCGAAUAACGUGCGAUUAACGUCUUUUUUUGUACUUUUCUUCGAACUUUUCGCUACAGGGAGCGCCACUGCUCAAGUGCCACUUCUCCUCUGGUCCACCGACAGCCUACCAUCACCUGCCUCCUCUGCAGCUGGUCACAUCACGUCCUAUGACCAGUUGAGUGCCUACCUCACCACUGCCUUUGCCUCUGGUCCCCACACUGUGCUGCUUUUUCUGCAGGACAAGCUAAGCAAAGAUGACUUUACAGUCUUUGGUGGUGUGUUUGGAAAUGAACGUGAUGGUGCUUUUGAAAAUCUUAAGGCUGCACUUCAGUCUUCGUCGUCGGUGACAAUUCCAGCCUUGGAGUGGUCGAGCUCCUCUGCCGUCCCAGCUCUGUUGCAGGAGAAGCUUGGUGUCUCACCUGUGCUUGUAGAUGCAGACACUCUGUCUGGUUUGACCGUCAACACAUCUAUCAGUAAUCUAUUUCUCAUCAAUCUUCCAUAUUGUACUCGCUCACUCAAGUCUUGCAAAGAGGACCUGCACAGGAAUGAUGAGAUUAUCGGGAAAGUCCUCGGUGUCUUGAAAGCCAAAAAUAUUCCAUACACUGCAGUAUACACAGGACUCCAGCCAUCACGAGUGAUUUCCGAGUCGUUUGUCUCUGAGCAGUCUGUGGGCCGGUCCUUACUCCAGGCCGCCGCGGCUGAUGUCAAACCGCCCAUCAUGUAUGGUGAAACUGGUAACCCUUGCAUCAUGCUUUGGGCUCAGAAUCUCAACAUCAGCGUCUCGACCACCCCAGCCUGGACCGACCUUGCUACUCAAACACCUGACUUGAAAGAUUCCAUGUGUAACCGCAGUAACUCACUACUUGUCCUCAGUUAUCCAUCAGGCCAUACACUAAGCUUUGCCAUGAGUCAGCGCUUCUAUUCUGUGUCUGCGCGGAACUGGUCCACCUUGGACUCUGUGCAGCUGCAGUUCAGUGGUCAAACUGCAACUUUCAUUGGUCGACGCAGUAUCUACGCCCCGGCAGAAUAUUCCUUCCGCUGCCAAUCUGUCAACAACUUCCAAGGAGCUUUGCUCAUGCCAGAGGACACCAGCAAAAAUGCAUCCCAGUGGAGGCUGAAUUUUAUUGAUUUCCAGAUUCAGGGCUUCAAUUUGCCGAAUGGAACCAAUUUCUCUUAUGCCAGUGACUGUGCAGGCUUCUUCACCCCAGGAAUUUGGAUGGGGCUGCUGACUUCACUGCUCAUGCUUUUCAUUUUCGUGUAUGGUCUGCACAUGAUCAUGCAGCUAAACACCAUGGAUCGAUUCGAUGACCCCAAAGGUCCAAUGAUUUCUGUGCCCCUGUCUGAAUGAAGCUCUCCUAACACCACUCCUCAGUCCCUCAGUGCCUCCUAGUUUCCUUUGUGCCAUUUAGUAUGCAUGGACCUUUUACUUUGAAGGUAUUUGUCAGGCAGAUUCAAACAUUGUUGCAUAGGUUUCUUUUUUUCCAACCUAAAUCCUCCAUCUGUUUUUUUUUUCUUCAUUUGUUAGUGUCAGAAUGAAUCCACCUUUACCUUCUCAUGAGCUGAUUUUGAGUGUGUGAGCUAAAAGUUACCUUUGUGCCAUCUUUGGUGAGACAUAGUGGAUUUUAUUCCCCACAACAAUAAUUGCUCUAUUACCUAGAAAGUGCCUUCUGUGCCAACAUGAAUGUUAUUGCUGAAUGCUGUUGGACCUUUGCUGACCUCAGUGACUUUUUUUUUUAUUGUUAUUUUUCCCAACCUAACUGUAAUUUAAAGACUACUGGUAAUGACUUUAUAUUUCAUUUGAUUGUUUGUGAAGCCUUUGUGAAAUCUUGGAAAAGAAGCUGUUUUGAAAUACAGCACCGUGCAAAAGCCUUUUCUCCAUUAGAUUUGUUGUUUAGCAAAGGAAAAAACAGCUUCCACAUGAUAAAGUGUCAAGUAUUUAAUGUGACCUACCAACAAAAGGACCUUAACUUAAAAAAGAAAAAAAAAGAAAAGAAAACACUCAUUAAUGUCAUUGGUAAAACCUGUGUUUGUCCAAACUAUUUCAUGUCAAAAGAUAUAUAAUAUAUGCCAGGUUUAUUCAAUGCAUGUCUGAGCAAUUCAGAUGGAAACUUUAAUACUUUAAGACCAACUUUCAGCCGCAUCAUUCCAAUCCAAAUGUCAAUGAUAACAGACUUUGACAGACAUAAAAAACAACAAACCUGGUGGAGCCUCGAGACGAUUGCCUUAGCUUGUAUUGUUGUAGAUUACAUUUUUGCUUCAGGUUUAACAAAUAAUUUAUAUUAACAGUGCCUUAGUUGUGCUUUUGUCCAAAGUAAUUAAUGCCGUGACAUAUUCUGUCUUAAAUUGCAAAUAAAGAAAUUAUUUAAUUGUA